AUGGACAUUCAUGGAAUUGAUCUGACCCUGAGGUUGGGACUAGCAUACCAUGACAAAGCAAACCAAGGAAACUUUUCCAACAUCCAUGCUCUUAGAUCUUACGAUCAGGUCAAGGGGAAUACUUUAGUGCAAACUGGACACAUGGGGCCAGAAGUUACCAAUUUCUGUGAUUUUGCAAGCCAGAAGCAGCAGCCUUUCCCAAAAUUUGAUCAAAGCAACAAUGAAAAACACUCUGGUUAUAAACAAGUUUUUCCCAAGAGUUCUAUCUUCCACCACCCUGGUUCUCUUGGCAUGAAAAACAUAGUCUGUAUUGACAGUGGACCAUCUCAAGAAAAACGUGAGAAGAAAGAUGGUGUUCGUAAGAGGAGCUGCAAAAUGUGUGGAGUAGUGAACACUCCCAUAUGGCGAAAAGGACCCGACGGCCCACAUUUUAUGCAAUGCGUGUGGGCUGCGUUGUUCGCGAGCGUUGAAAAAGGCCGGCAGCAAAAACGCUAG